UCGAAUAAAGCCAGCUUUUAACUUUGCGUUUCCAUAUAGGCCAUGACGCGUUUUAGGUGUUGCUGUUUUAAGGCCUAAUGGAUGGAUGCGUUUAAGUUAUAGACAAUUGAUGAGUAAGAACGUUGUUUAUAUAACAUUAACCCAGACAAAGUAUUAUUCAUGGUAUAGCGCAUUUUGCGUUUGCUCUCGAUCAAGUUGCUUUGUUUAAGUGCUUUUAAAAGAGUGAAAGAAGUGAGAUAGUACUUAGACCAUUCCCUCGGCUCCCAUAAAGACACUCGAGACAUUAACCUUAUUUUCAUUUCCAGUAGACGCACAAACAUGAUGCCACACUAGUAGAUAAGAUGUACUAAGGUUUAAUAUAGGCUAAUGUAUUUUAUUCUGUCUGUUUGGGGUCAUCCGUGCAAAGCUUUAGCUUCUCAUAUUUGCGUAACCAUAGCCUCUCCACCUUCCAGUUAUGCUAUUUGAUGUUUGAUUAUUGAUUGGCACACUCCAUUGAUGUUCAUCCACAGCGCUCCUUAGAAGCCCCUGAAAGAGUGUGUGGGCCAAAGGGGCGAUGAGACUCCUGUAACUUCUGAAUGACCUCUUCAUCACAAAGACGGUCUCAGUCAAUUGUCUACCGGCUUUAUUCGUUUCUUUUUGUGGCAGAGGUCGCAUUGUAUCUUUUUAUUUGUUUACCAGUUAGAAUCUCUGGAUGGAGUUUGAUUUGUACGGUUGGAUAUUAAUAUGGCCUACAGGAAAACAAAUAUCUUUAUUAAUGUGCGUAUUUAUGCUUCAUUUUAAAUUGUUUAUAAUUAUGGAUUUUCAGGAAGGUUCACUGACCUUUGUUUAUAAGAAAAGUGUAGGCUGUUAAUUUUCAAGUUAAUUCUCAACCUUUGGGUGCAUUAGACACGCUACACCAUUAAAUUAUGUGUUCAAUCAAUCCUAACUGAUGAAAUUAUGUGAAGUUUGUUAAAUUUGCUGCUAGGUGUGUAUGGCUUCUUACCCGCUAAUAGACUCCCUUCACCUCGAUUGGCCAAAUCCGGUCACAUGGGUGGCUAACUUUAUUCAGUUGACAGCAAGUAGGAGGGCUUUAUGGAGGGAGGAAAAAAGACAACUCGAGAAAAAUUAGUAUUUUCUACCUUCAGAAAUUAAUGGCCAUGAGUUCGUACAUGGUAAACUCCAAGUAUGUGGAUCCCAAAUUUCCUCCAUGCGAGGAGUAUUCGCAAAACAGUUAUAUACCUGAGCAGGGCUCUGGAUACUAUAGUCCAUCGCAGGACAAUGAUUUCCAGCAUCCAGGGAUCUACUCACGGUCAAACUACACGGAGCAACCCUACAGUUGUAACACUGUGCAAGGCUCAACAGUACAGCCGCGGGGUCAUGUGCAGGAGCAAGGCAGCCAUCCCGGAUCUUUCCCCACUCAAGGCGAGCAGUGCUCUCCGAUCCCAAUAUCCGGCCCGAGGACUUGUGACCAACAACAAAACACAAAGAAUCAGAACGGCAUACAGAUCAGGCAACCUGCAAUAGUUUAUCCCUGGAUGAAGAAAGUCCAUGUUAGUACGGUGAACCCAGAUUUCACAGGAGCGGAACCCAAGCGCUCGCGGACAGCCUACACGAGACAGCAGGUUUUAGAACUAGAAAAGGAAUUUCAUUUUAACAGGUAUCUUACCAGACGGCGUCGCAUCGAAAUAGCGCAUACCCUUUGCCUCUCGGAGCGACAGAUUAAAAUCUGGUUUCAGAACCGAAGAAUGAAAUGGAAAAAAGACCACAAACUGCCCAACACGAAGGGAAGGUCGGCAUCGGCUGCAAAACACGUUCAGAAGGACAACCAGACAGAUAUCACAACUUUAUAAAAGAAAUGGAAACAUCUUACCCCAGAAGUACAGAUGAACUGUGUAUGAUAGACAAUACUUCGUUUGUCUUUGCAUGGUUUUAAAUCCUGACAUUCCAAUCUUUGAGCUAUUUAAUAUGAAGCAGAAGAACACAUCAUUACCAAACGCAGUAUUAAUGGAUGCAGUGAAAGGAGCCUAAAUACAGUUUUAAAUAUUGUAUGUAUGAAGUAGCAGAGGGCAUCACAACAUGAUUCACUGGCUGCCAUGAGGUACAAAUUAAAUAAAAAAAAGAUUGCAAUAUCUAUACAAAAGCAAGUGAGCUUUAGAAAUCAUGUUCUUUUUAUUAUUACUAUAUUUCCCGUGUAAUCACCACUCUCCAAAUGCAUUAUGGCCUGAGAUAAAUUCGAUAAAUUCUUCCAUAAACAAAGCAUUGGCUUAUGACUUUAGCUAAUAACUUAUUAAACUAUUUGAUCAAAGCUCAGUAAAUCAUUAAUAUCUGGCCUAGAAAAUAUUUGCAUUUAUUUACGGAUAUGGUUAACUAACUUUUUUUUUCUGUAUUGAAAAAUCCUAAAAUAAUUCAGUAACGGGUAUAGCUAACCAAACAAUUCGUUUUCUGUAUUGGGGGAAAACAAUCUUUAAAAUAAUUCAACGGUCUUAAAACAUUAAGAAAAAAAUUCUAGCAAUAUAGAAUGAACAGAAUAAACGUUCUUCGAAAAUUACUCUAAAACAGGAAGCGCAACAUUUGAAAUCUAUUUUACUUUGUUGACCAUAGUAUUGGAUACCUUGACGGCUAUAAAUCUCACUUGACAGUUUUGUAAACAAUGUACAAUUAAAGCAGCUGUAUAUCUGUCUUCCAGAUGUCAUCAGAAAUUCCUAAAUAAUAGUUCAUUUAUUGUUCCACGUACUUCUGGGUUUUAGCUAAACUUUCUUUUAUCUUCUUUUCUUUAUUUAUUAAAUGCCAGAAUAAGAAUGCUGAAAGUUCUUGUUUUUAAUUUCUAUGUGAAUUCAAGUGGUCGUUCCAUAAAUAUAUUAUGUUCAGUUAGAAAAAGUGCAUUAUUUUUUAUUCUAUAUAUUUCUGUAUUUUAUGCAUAUUUUCUACGAGCAUAUUUUCUAGUAAAUUAAUAAUAGAGCUCAUUAAGAAAAGGUUUAUCCUCAGACCACGAAUACCUUGUUGCAAUUUAAAAAAAAAAAAAAGAAAAAAAGGAAAAAAAAACAAUGUGUAUAGUUCGCUAAAAGAAAGUCGGUCUGCUGUUUUGGUUUCAUUAAAUUUUUAUUUUGAGCAACAGAGAUGGGCUUAGCUCUGAAAGUGUGAGUGGAGGUAUUCACGUCGUGAUUAAAGAUUGACUGUUCUACUGUUA